GGACUCUGAGGUCCCCGGUAAGCUUGUCAGGAAGCGAGGGAGCUUGUGAUCUCCCUCCCCGCUAGUCCCUGAACUUAAGUGGAAGGGCAUCCCCUUCACUGCCAUCACCCCUGGAUGGUAGUCAGUGGGAGGAUCGAUGGAUAUUAGCAGCCAGAUCGGCCGAGUCCUCGCCCAGCGUCCGCUUUGGCUGCUGUUAGAGGGCUUAUUCCAUGCGGAACAGUGGCUUGGCAGUCAUCUGCUUGGCCUUCCGAGGUUGACAGGAUCGCAGUGCCACCCUAAGGCCUGAUCGCGACCCUGGAGGCGGGUCGUGGGGUCGCGGCGGGCUGACUCGGUAGGACACCCGGAGGAAGAGGCCGGGCGGUAAACAGGAAGUGGGCGCCGGCAGGGUCUAGACGACAGCCAUCCAACCAGAGUCUCAGCUUUGCUUUGCAGAAGUCUAAUCUGGAAGCCCUGCAGUGUCAGCACCUCAGGCUUCUCCCACAGACUGAGCACAUUUUGUGAAGAUGACCCAUUGGUUUCAUAGGAACCCAUUAAAAGCUACAGCUCCCGUGUCUUUUAACUACUAUGGCAUGAUCACUGGUCCUCCCGCUUCAAAGAUUUGCAAUGACUUGAGGUCCGCCAGGACUCGGCUCCUCGAGUUGUUCACUGAUUUGAGCUGUAAUCCAGAAACAAUGAAGAAUGCGGCAGACUUGUAUUUCUCUCUUUUACAAGGUUUCAUAAAUUCAGUGGGUGACUCUACACAGGAAAGCAAAUUACGAUACAUUCAGAAUUUCAAGUGGACCGAUACAUUGCAAGGACACGUUCCGAGUGCCCAGCAGGAUGCUGUUUUUGAACUGAUUUCCAUGGGAUUUAAUGUAGCGCUGUGGUACACAAAAUAUGCUUCAAGAUUGGCUGGAAAAGAAAACAUAACAGAAGAUGAAGCAAAAGAAGUUCACCGAAGCCUAAAAAUUGCAGCUGGGAUUUUUAAACAUUUAAAGGAAAGUCAUAUCCCCAAACUUCUUACACCAGCAGAAAAGGGGCGGGACUUGGAGGCUCGGCUCAUCGAUGCUUACAUCAUCCAGUGCCAGGCCGAGGCUCAGGAAGUGACAAUCGCCCGAGCCAUUGAGCUGAAGCACGCUCCGGGACUGAUCGCUGCACUCGCCUAUGACACAGCCAGCUUCUACCAGAAAGCAGAUCAUACUUUGUCCAGUUUGGAGCCUGCACACUCUGCUAAAUGGAGAAAGUACCUUCACUUGAAGAUGUGCUUCUACACAGCGUAUGCGUAUUGCUACCAUGGCCAGACUCUGUUGGCGAGCGAUAAGUGUGGAGAAGCCAUCCGAUCUCUCCAAGAAGCAGAAAAAUUGUACGCAGAGGCAGAAGCCCUAUGCAAAGAGUACGGGGAAACCAAAGGACCAGGGCCGACGGCCAAGCCGUCAGGACACUUGUUCUUCCGGAAGCUUGGGAGCCUUGUGAAGAACACCCUGGACAAAUGUCAGAGAGAAAAUGGCUUCAUUUACUUUCAAAAAAUUCCAACAGAAGCCCCACAACUGGAACUCAAAGCAAAUUAUGGGCUGGUAGAGCCUGUGCCUUUUGAAUUCCCUCCUAUGAGUGCUCACUGGACACCGGAAGCGUUGGCUGCGUUUGAUCUCACCAAGAGACCCAAGGAUGACAGUGUCAAACCCAAACCGGAAGAGGACGUGAAACCUGUAAAGGAACCAGAUAUCAGACCUCAGAAGGACACUGGGUGCUCGGUCUCAUAAGAAUGUCUGUCACUCACUGCAAUCUCUGCUGGUCCACAAGAGAAACUGUGGGGCUUCAGUUCGCCGUUUCUGAUUUCUCUGAAGCCCACAGGAUAAUUGUUAGCUUCAGAGCAACUUGGCCUUUCAUUUAUUUAUUCUUGAUUUUUAACAUAGAGGCAUUUCAUGAUUUUGCUUCUGGGCUCUGCUUUUUUAAUCAGGACAACAUUUGGAAGGGUUGUUUUUUAUGCCUCUAAUGAGUAUAUGUGGGGGAUUGGACCUUUUCUGAACUCUAGAUAGUAAGUUUCAUGUUCAUGUUUUUCUACUUUCACAGAAAUGUUUGUUCUUCUUGUUUGAUACCAGAAGGAUGUUUUGAAAAGAGAUGGGUUCACCUUUCAUCACCACAUUGUCAGAUCCGAGUCUAGCUUAGUCUAGGUGGGGAAACAGAAUCGCAGUUAAAAUCAGAAAACCUCAGACCAAGCUCUUUCCCUGUACUAGGAAAUCGUGUCUUCAGGAAUAUGGAAGUUACGUGAAAUUCAGCAGUCUGGGUCUGUGCCCCUCGGCCUGGCUCAGCAGCGGAGGGCCGUGCUCUCUCCACCCGCACUACCCACACAGUGGUGGUUUUCUUACAAGUACCUUUUCUAAUGAACUUUUUACUUAAGGGGUAAAGCUUUGUACUAGCAUUUAGUGCUUCUGUGUAGAGAGAGGAAGAGAAUGGUAGUGUGUUUUGAAGAAUUAAAAUGUUGCAUGUUGUAAAGAAAGCCUUCGUAAACUCAACCAAGAUAGGUUGUCCUGACUCACACUGGUAAUUCCUUUGUUAGAAGAGUUUUAAGAAAAUGCCUUUGUUCCCUGAUUUUGGUGGACACUGUGUUUUUAACAUGGUUUUCUUCAGUAUCCUAUAGUAAUGGCUUGGCGUUAGGCCAUAGUGACAGAGGUUAGGAUAUAGACACACAAACUAUGUGUUUAAAGGAUUUGCUUAUACCCACACACUGGGAAUGAUGGGUGUGUGAUACUUUACCAAGUAACAGAUGUGGGUGUAUCCUGCUUGGUUGCUCUCCUGGGGUGUUAACUUCCUUUUCUAGGUGACAGAUUGCUUCGCAUAAUAGGAAUAAUAAUGUAUGUGAGAACUUACUGUGUGCCAGACAGUGUAUAGGCACAUACGUAGACCACUGCAUCCCUUUAGCCACCCUGUGAGAAACACAUCAAUCUGCAUAAAGUAUUGAAACAGGAAUAUACAUCUCAUGAUGAAGAAUGAAGAGAUUAUACCUGUCAAUCAAGACAGUAGUCAAUAAAUCAUAUAUCAUAGUUUAUACUCCUUUGAAAAGCUACAUAUAAUCACUAAGGGUUUUUUAAAAAAUAAUUUAAAAUGUGAGUUACAGCUUGCAGUAUCUAAUAUUUAAGCUGUAGCUUUCAGAAUACUUGGAGUAACUACUGAAUGGGCAUUAAGUUUUAUUUUGCUGCCUAUAGGAAAACAAUACUUUAUUACGUUGUCACCCUUCCUACAGAGUCACUUGUUAAAUGCCAGUGACUGACAAAACUAACUAGUUACUGACAAAACUAACUAGUACUUGCUGCUGCCUGUUUAUACUCUGCCUGUAGGACUUGCUCUGUGUACUAACCCUCAUUAACCUAGGUAGGCACGCUGCGGUUUCUGUGGACUCGACUGCCGUUCAUGAAAUGGAAACACAUACUAUGUCCGGCGCUUCUGUAAAGGCAGUAAAUGCAGGUGUUGAAAUCCAUCAUUGGCCAUGUUCACGUGAUCGCAUGAGCAGUCUUGUUGAUUGUAAAGCUAACACCAGAAGCCUCGUAUACGCCGGGCGCACCAUGAGGUUCCGAAGCAGUAGCAGGGAUUGUGGGGACGCUGACUAUAAAGCACUGGCAGGCAGGCUGUGCAGAGAUGACACUGGACAUUGGUGUUGCAUGUGUUUCAUACCAGGCGAGGACAGCUCCUGUACAGCUACUUCUGUACAGUGUUUAUAUGAUUUAUCUUUUUAUUUAUGAAAAUAAAAGCCAUUUUACUUACA